AUGCAUUCUGCCAUUACGCAACUCGCCGCCUUCGCCUUCUCCACCGUCAUGAAUACCCUAUCGUCACCUUCUUACGCCAGUAUCAUGGAGAAGUGGGAGAGGAAGGAGAUUGGAAAUGAUGAGGAGGUUGCAAUGGUAUCGAGUUGA